AAAACAAAAUUUCCAAAAAUAUUUCACAAAAAUAUUAUAAUAACUAAUAUAAAUUUCCUAGUUUCUUAAAUUAUAAGAAGCUAAGUGAGCUUCUUCUCCAUCAAGCAAUGCCCAAUAUACUGCUCCAAAACAAUGUCCACUACGGAAGUGCCACUGAUUGCAGCGUCGGAGACUCAAUCCUCUUCAUCUCCUCCAGAAAACGAGUCGGCGGCGGAAAUAUUUAAGUCCGAGAGAACCCGGAAACCGGAAACUGGAAACGAAAGGAAGGGAAAGGUUAAAAACGAUGAAAUAUUUGAAGGGAAACAUCAAACAUACAGGGGAGUAAGGAUGCGCCAAUGGGGCAAAUGGGUAUCUGAAAUAAGGGAACCUAAGAAGAAAUCAAGAAUUUGGCUCGGCACAUUCGAAACAGCUGAGAUGGCAGCUCGAGCACACGAUGUAGCAGCGCUGACGAUUAAAGGUGAAUCGGCUUAUCUCAAUUUCCCCGACUCAGCUCACGAGCUUCCCCGUCCACGUAGUUCGUCGCCGAAGGAUAUCCAAGCUGCCGCCGCUAAAGCAGCCGCCAUGAGCUUCACGAAAAGCAGCCAUAAACAUGAUGACGAUGGUGCUGAUCAAUUGAUUCCUCAUCGAGACUCAUCGUCAUCAAGCUCACCUUUAAUCAAUGAUGAUGCAUUUAUAGACCUUCCGGAUCUGUUGAUGCACAUGAACCAUCGGAUUGAUGAGUUCUGGGUCUCAUUUCCAUGGCCGGUCACUGCAACCGAUGAUGAUAUUGUUGAAAAUGGCUUUGGAUAUUCAGAGUCGCGCCUUAGGGAGUAUUUCUAGGCCAAAGAGAUCGUCUCCCAGCUUAUAGCUACAACAAAAAGAGUUUAAGCGACGGUUUAAAAAUAUUUUGUUGCCUAAUUAAUAAUGGACAAUUAAUAUUAAAAAACAAUUUGUAUUAAUAUAUUUUAUCCUAUUAUAAUCGUGUUUAAAAUGUAUUAUUAAUGUGUAAAUUUUAGGGAAUUUGUGUAAAUUAUACUACAUUAAUAAUU